AUGCUGCAUACCGUGUAUCUGGCCAGUCUAUGUCAACGCCGUCGAUGGCCCGAACCUGCCUAUCAGGUUACCUAUACGCCGGCAGGGUAUCGAUGUGUGGUCAGGGUCAACAACCGUGAAUACCAGACAUCGAAUUACCAUCCCUCGGAAUCCUCGGCCAAGGAGGGAGCGGCGCUGAUCGCCUUCAACAUCUGUCGAAACUUUUCUGCCAACGACGGCUUCUACCCUGCCGGCUUUUCGCAUGGCGGCGUGAUUCAGGGCAACCCUGUCCCAGUAGGCUCGGGCCGCCAUGGUCGGAGAAGCGGGACAGAGACUCGAAAGGACUACCGUUGCGGCGACACCGAUAGCUCCAGUAGCAGGAGUGGUGGCAGCAGUCCUGACUGGGGUGAUUCUCGUGGUGCUGAUCCGCUACGACUGGCCACCAGCCGACGGGACACCUACGGUUCCGCCACAAGUCAUCACGGAAGACGAGGAUUACCGCGGUAUUGA